AUGCGUUCACAAAAACUGCAAUUGGCGAAGCAAGCUACUAGAAAGCUAACUAUCUCUGCCAAAGACAGUAGUUCAAAGGUUUCUACUUUGGCUAUUAAAGUUAAUGGUGGUUCACGUUAUGCUACUAAGGAUGGUAUUGCACACUUGCUAUCAAGAUUUAACUUCCACAACACCAGCAACAAGUCUGCAUUGAGACUAGUUAGGGAAUCGGAAUUAUUGGGUGGAAAAUUUAAGUCUGAGGUUGACAGAGAACAUAUUACUUUGUCUGCUGUAUUCCUAAAGGAAAAUUUGCCAUAUUUUGUCAAUGCCUUGGCUAAUGUUUUGUACAAGACUUCUUUUAGACCACAUGAAUUGACUGAAUCUGUCCUUCCAGCUGCUCAUCACGACCUUUUAGCAGCAGAGAGUUCUGCAGUUACCAAGGCUGAAAAUUUAUUGUAUAACGUCACCUUUAGAAAAGGAUUGGGUAACCCUGUGUUGUACGACGGCGUGGAGAAGAUUACUAUUGAGGAUAUCAAGAGCUACGCUGACAAGGUUUUUACCAAGGAAAACAUAGAGGUUAUCGGCCAAGGUAUUAAUGAAGCUGAUUUGAAGAGGUUUGUCAAUGACUCUUUAUUGUCUUCAUUGCCAACUGGUGCAUCUCUAGCUUCAUCAUCUAAGGCUAAGCAAUAUGCUGGCGAAGCAAGAUUGAGAUCCGCUGGUGAAUCAGUAGUAGCUAUUGGUAUCCCAGUUGCUGUUAAGGACUUUGCUACUUAUGAGGUAUUGUCUAGAUACUUAACCUCUGACUUGUACAAACUCUCUCCAUUGUUGAAGAAAGCUAAGUUGGACAAAUUUUCUGACUGCGGUUUGUUCUCCUUGUACGUUCAAGGAGCUAACACCUCCGAGGUCUCUGCUAAUAUUAAGAAGAUUGUUGUCGACUUGAAGGCUGGUAGUGACCUCUCUGUAGCCAGUGAAUAUUCAGCGUUGCAAUUGGCUUUGGAAAAUGAGUGUGCUUUUACCCCAGUUGAACUAGCUUUGAACAAGGUUAAGGACUUUAAGCUGGGCAAGUUCAACUAUGUUGCAGUUGGUGAUGUCAGCAACCUGCCAUAUGCUGAAGACCUAAACUAG